GCGGAGCCGGUCAUUCGAGCUUCGAGUUCGCCACGGUGCAUUCGACGUACGAGAACCUUUGAAAAGAUUGACCAUGCCACCGAAGGCUAGCGGCAAGGCGGUGAAGAAGGCCGGCAAGGCCCAGAAGAAUAUCAGCAAGACCGACAAGAAGAAGAAAAGGAAGAGGAAGGAGAGCUACGCUAUCUACAUCUACAAGGUGUUGAAGCAGGUCCACCCGGACACCGGGAUCUCCAGCAAGGCGAUGAGCAUCAUGAACAGCUUCGUCAACGACGUCUUCGAGCGCAUCGCGGCCGAGGCGUCUCGCUUGGCCCACUACAACAAGCGCUCCACGAUCACGUCGCGGGAGAUCCAGACUGCCGUGAGGCUUCUCCUGCCCGGCGAGCUGGCGAAGCACGCCGUUAGCGAGGGAACGAAGGCGGUCACCAAGUACACGAGCUCUAAGUGAGCUGCUACUACGAAAAGAAAAA